GCGUCGCGGCGCGUCGUGUCGACUAGGUGACAGGCAUCCGUUUGCAUUCCUUUUGCGUCUAUACGUAGUUACCAGGUCAGUCCAGUUCCGAAAACGUUGCCGAGAGCGGGUAGUUGGUCGCGUCGGUCGCGUCGUAAAGCACCUCCUGAGAUCGCGUUCUCGUCAUCCGAAUCGGGUCGCGCUUUUUCCAACUUUACGUCCGUGAUUAUAUUUAUUUUUUCUUAGUGAAAUGCGAUAAUUGAUUAACGAAAAUUUGAUUUCUGGUACUUAUCGAAACAUUUAUCGAUAAUUAUUUUAAUUUAGUUUAACUGCUUGAGUGUUAUUUUAUCGUUAGCAAGACUUAAAAUAAUCAUGCGACAAUAGCAUGGAAAGAGGUCCGCUACAUUUACGAACGAAGGAGUAUUUUGACGAGUUAAUAACUGAUUUUUGGUUACAUUUCUUGAACGUUUAAGCCGCUACGUUACAUCAGCAGAGAAAUUAGUUUACCGCGAGUUCUAUUUAUAUGACGGGCGCGUUCUAAUAACCGACCGCAAGUUAUAAAAUUAGCCGUCGUGUCCUAGUCCGCAUGUUUGCAAAUCGGAAUAACGAAAAAGAACAGCAGACUAAAGUGAACAUAAUAUGACGUUUCGUUUUAUAAACAUCACAUGAAACCUUCGUUCAACGUUAAUUCGCUCAACUCAAUUACCGGAAAGAAAAAAGAAUGACCGGAAGCGCCGUCGCAGGUGUCAUCAUCCAUUUGAUCCUCCUAACCACCUGCUUUAGUCUCACAGGGGCAACUAAAGAGGUGAAAGCAUUGGUAGGAAGCAGCGCAUUUCUGCCAUGUAAAGUUGACACAUCUCAGUGCGGAGAGCUACACAGUGUCAAAUGGUACAGAGGUGGCUCGAGAAUUUAUGUGUACAGUAAAGCUGGAUUUAGCCGAGGCGAAGGAGAUACUAUGAAACGGAUGACGAUAGAAAAUACGAAAAACGAAUCCGAGGCGAGUCUGCGAAUCUCGCCGGUCGAAGUAGAUGACGAAGCCACCUAUAAAUGCGAAAUCACGUACCUAGAUGUGAGAGAAAACUGCGAUGUUGUGCAAGUCGUAAAGCUACGGACACUGGUGAUACCGGCGUUCGUCAGACUAAUUGGAAGUAAUGGCCGGAGUUUGGGAAACGAGUCUAUAUUAGGUCCAAUUAACGAGGGAACUAAUAUUGAAAUAACGUGUGAAGCGAAUGGUGGCAGGCCUGUCCCUAAAGUCAUUUGGUACAAUGGAAGCAAAGAAAUCGAAGCUUCGUACAGUUCUCACGACGACGGUGAAGGCGUUGGAACGGGGCGCUCGAAGCUGAGUAUUACGCUUACAAGAGGCGAUCUUGGUGCGAGAUUUGAAUGCCGAGUCGAGAGCGCUGCAUUAGAGGAGCCAAUUGUAUCCUGGAUUACAGCUGAUGUGAAUGUGAGGCCUACAAAGUUGGAAUUAGGGGGAGUCAAUAGCCAUGUGGUUCAAGGAUCAAAUGUUUUACUCACUUGUGAUGUGUACGGAGCAAAACCUGCAGCUGAAGUGAAAUGGUACAAUAAUUCAGAUCUGAUUGUCAAUCCUGACAAAGUUUUAACCAUUCCAGAAAUGAUGAGAGACGGCACGUUCACGACAAAAAGUUCUCUGAGAUUCGUAGCAAGUAGAUGGGAGAACGGGCAAGCAUUUCACUGCUAUGCCGAGAACCUGGUCACAAAAGAGCUCGAAGAACCACCUCUUCACGAAGUGCUCCCACUCGAAGUGCUCUAUCCACCAAUAGUGACCGUCAGUCCUGCCAACAUUACGACAAACGAAUCCGUAGAUGUAUUGCUCUUGUGCUCAUACAUCGCACAUCCAUCUAAUUUAAUUGACGUUGUAUGGAGCAAAGAUGGUAAAAACCUCACAUUGAACGAUGCGGACAAAUAUGUAGGAGGAAACACCAAAGAUCCUUCCCUUAUUAUUAAGAGUGUUACGAGGGAUGAUAUGGGUCGGUACAGAUGUAUUUGUAAAAAUAUGGUGGGUUCGUCCGAAUCUGAAGAAUCAAUUUUCCUCAACAUUCAUUUUCCACCAGUAGUUGGAGUGGCCGCAGAACCAUCGACUCCCGUUAAAGCAAUCGAUCGAACCAAUGUGACCCUAACAUGCAAUGUUAUCGCCGGAAAUCCACCUACGCUACUGAAUGUGGAGUGGUACUUGGACGGGGAAUUACUGGAAAAGCUUCCCAGAUGCUCUCGUACAGAGAACAAGGCUACUGAAACGUUUUGUUCUCCAGACCCCAGUGUACUCCUCUUAAGGGAAGUUGAUGAAAAAUUUGCCGGGUUCUAUGAAUGUAGAGGAAGUAAUAUAGCAGGAUGGGGAUCUAAAUCUGAUCGAAAGGAACUGGUUGUCUAUUAUCCACCAGGACCGGCGUUUGUACAAUAUUUCCCCUCCAGAGUUAUAAAGAAGGGAUCGGUAACAUUAGAAUGUUCCGUUAUUCGUCCAGGAAGACCCGAAGAAAUGACCUUCGAAUGGUAUAGAGGCAACCAUUUAGUGCCUGAUGUUACAACAUCUAAUUGGACUAUAUACCCAGUUACUUUAGAAACUAAAACUAAUUUUACCUGCCUCGCCGUCAAUGAAGGGGGGAAAAGCACCAAUUCGUCGAUUGGGAUUAAUGUUUUGGCACCUCCUUCAUUUAUCCAAGCUUUACCACCCUAUCAAGGCGUAUUAGCAACAUCAAAUAACAUAUCACUAACAUGUAGAGUGGAGUGCUCUCCGCUAUGCUCAAUAACAUGGUACCAGGACGGCUACAAAUUGAAUAGUACAAACAACCCCCUGUAUUAUACUAAAACUGUCACUCAUUUACCAGAUACUAGAAAGAACGAUUUCGAAUCUAUUGAGUCCACAUUAGUAUGGAACAUGACUUCCUGGCCAAAUCAACAACUGGACAAGGUUGCACCCAACUCGAAUUAUACAUGUCAAAGUUCCACGAAUGGAGUUGGACCAGGGGUUAACUCGACUAUUGAAAUAGCUGUUGAUUAUCCCCCAGAAAAUCUGACGGUAACAAAUCGCGUCAUAUCAGUUGUUGAACAUUACCAACCGGAACGAGUUAUAUGUAGCGGCAAAGGACAUCCUGCCCUGUCAUUUGUUUGGAAAAACUCGGAAAAUCAGGUUAUUUCCAAGUCUCAUGUGCUCAGUUUGGGACUCGUAGACAGACAGGAUUCUGGAACGUACGUUUGCGAAGCGUCAAACAGGCAUGGAACAACUAGCACAACAAUUAUCCUUAAUGUUCAGUAUCCGCCAGAGUGCUCCAUACAAAGUGCGGAUUACGAACAGAACCCCGCUAUUAUGUGCAGUGCCCAUGCCGAUCCCCAGGAAAUUGGUUUCAUUUGGAAGAUUCAAGGAGUAAACGACAGCAUUAUCAACCCGUCCUUGAUAUAUCAGGAAGGUCUUAAGAGCUACCUGCUUAUCGAUCCAAGUCUCGAUACAGUACGAACGUACCAAUGUUUCGCCAACAACUCCGUUGGAAUUAGUGAGCCGUGCGAAUACGAAGUCACAGGAGUAAAGCCGUGGUGGAAGAGAUUCGACAAUGAGAACAUGAUUAUCCUCAUAGCUGUCAUCAUUGGAAUCAUAAUUUGCGUCAUCAUCAUUUGCAUCAUAAUCAUAUGCAUUUGCAGAAGAAAACGAUCUCAAAGUAAAUAUAAUAGUCAUGUGGAGUUGGAAGAGAGAGAAAAACCUGACGGUUAUUCACCGGACAACUUGAGAACCCAGAAAUGGCCCCUAAAACCAGGCGUUCUAGUUCACGUAAGCGCCAUGCGUAACUUGGGCUCCCUACAGACAAGGAAUCAAAAUUUUAAAACAACACAGGUAAAUAAGGACAUUGUAAAGCGGAAGAGAAGGUGCAAUAAAGUUUAUGAGAGACUUGAACGCCUCAGGGACAGGAUUAAGUACGGCGAUCCGGAGACAUUACCCGUUGGAAUUUAUCACAGUCCUAACGGAGUUACCACUUUUAAAAAGUUUUCUACGUCAUCGCCAACUGAUAAAGAACCCCAAACCGUUUCGAGGAAAAGGAAAAAACCAGGAGAAGCACCAAACACUACUAUUGGUACCGCAGAUAGGAAGAGGAACGGGGGUUCGUCUCGAAAUGGUUCGAAGGACCCUCUGACGCUAGCAGAAAAAGAGUUCUAUGAAAAUUUACCUUUCCACGGCAUGCAAAAUCCACCAAACAAGCCAGUGUCAGUUAUAAUGCCAAUUGUGAAAGAGGUUCACAACAAAAACGUGCAAAAUGCGUACAACGCCAACUUAAAUUACCCACCCGCAUUAAUUUACCGACAUGCCAACAAUUACAAUAUAAAGUCGAAAAAAGUGCAGCGCGUGUCAGGGAAUAUUUUACACAGGUCUUUUGAAAACAGAGAAGAAUCGAAACAAAAUCUUCUAAAUUCAUCUCAGACGACUUUAGCAUCUUUUAGCUUCACACCCAUCUCGUCUCGGUUUCAAGAUUCGAUCCGCGACCAGAAAGUUAUGAGAUCUCAAAGUUUUACUCAGCAAAUCAAUUUUUCAAUUAAUGCCAUACAAGAGGGCAAGUCUUCGUUUUAUUCCCCGAAUAGUCAGCUGCUGAACACAUCCUCCCAACUUUUCCAUACGAGAGAAAUGUUUUCGAAAGAUGCGCCCUCACCGUUACGAGAUACUUUCAAAGAAAAAGAAGAACGUCGGCCAACUUCUCCGCCUCCAUCUUUUCGACGACUUGGAAGUAGUAAAAACUCAUCUUUCAAAACGAAUUACAGUUUCGGAUCAUUAGACUUAAGGAAACACAGGUGCUACUCGCCCACGUUUUAUUCGUUACGUUGCAAGAAGCAUGGGAAAAAGAGAUCGGUUAUGUACACCUUGCCGAAAAGCUACUUCAGUAAUUCAACUCUAAAAUUAACGAAACAUGCUUCUACUAAAAGCACCGGCUUUCAAAAGCAAAAUUCAAACAAUGACGACAUUCCAAAUGAAAAUGCCAAAGAAAAGGGCCCUGUGCCUGCCCCAAGAUGUAAAAAACAUCAACGGAGAUUGUCACAUAUUUAUCAAAAUGUAAAUAAUAAUAUUUCAAAAGAUGACAAUUCCAAAAGAAAUGAUAAAAGCGAAAGCCCAGAAGUUUCGAAAACAUUCCAGGAAACAGCUAUUGUACAUAAGGAGGGAGAAAGUGAAGACACAUGUUCAAAUAAUAAGUCAGAAGAUGCAACACAACCCAGUGUUGUCCAGAAUAAUUUAUUAAUUCGUGCACAAAACACUUCAGUUGAUAAUUUACCCAAAAAAGCCCCUUCAGUUCCAGCUUCUACCAAAUUGAAUGAAACCUCUCAGGUCAGUAGUUUUAUCACCACAUUAAUUACGAACAGAUUUUUACAAAAAGUUGAUGAUCUUGAGAUUUUCUGAAACUGCCAAUUAAAAAAUUUAGUUCAGCUUCACAUUCUUAAUAGAUAUUUUUUGUUAGAUAGUGUGUAUACCAACAAUCUUUUAAUAUGUUUAAAAUAAAACCAUUUUAGGAUGAAGUUCAUGUGAUAACCGCACAAAAGUGUUGAAAUCACUCCAAAUACAAAAUGUCGAUUGUAAUUAGACUAAGUACAGUAGAACUCGGUUAUAGCGCCAUCCUAGACACCGGCCAGUAGAACCUUGAUAACUUAAACUUCGAUAACGUAAUAACCUCUACAAAUUCAUAAAAUUUUGUGUUCCCUUUCCCUCGGAGUCCAGAACCUCUAUUACUUGAAAUAAAAACCCU